GAUUAUUCAGCAUCACCCUCACAGUCACAGACUGACAGCCUCCUUCCUCUUUUUUACCUUUUUGUGUGUGUGUGUGUGAAAAUGGCUUACAAAUUUGCACCGGCCGAAAUUAACAUACUACCCGGUACAGUUAUUUCGGCCGGUAUGCAACUUUUCAUCCGUUUUGACAUUGUUGUAUAUGCGCUCUUCGACUUUGCAAAUUUAAUUAGUGGUAACGGUCAUGAUUUUUACCAUUACCACUACUACAAAGAUACUGAUGGCAUAUUUCUUGAAGUAACAGGUGGAUUUAUCUUGGCAAGAACUUUGCUGGGGCUAUCCAUCAUGAUUGCAGUUAUUGUGUACAAGUUUCGCAGGAAACAUUUGUCUGCAGAUGAUACAAUUGAAGAGUUCCUUCAAAAGCAGAACAAUUUUAUGCCUAUUAAGUACUCCUAUUCUGAAAUAAAGAAAAUGGCUAGAGGUUUCAAAGAUAAAUUAGGUGAAGGGGGUUAUGGUUCGGUUUUUAAAGGAAAGCUUCAAAGUGGUAAUUUAGUGGCAGUAAAAUUAUUGAACAAAUCAAAAGCUAAUGGCCAAGAUUUCAUCAAUGAAGUUGCUACCAUUGGAAGGGUUCAUCAUGUUAAUGUGGUGCGACUGAUCGGAUUUUGUGUGGAGGGAUCUAAACGGGCUCUUGUAUAUGAUUUCAUGCCAAAUGGAUCCUUGGAUAAAAUCAUAUUUUCUAGUGAAAACAACACAUCUUUAACCUGUCAAAGAAUGUUUGAAAUUGCUCUUGGAGUGGCUAGGGGGAUUGAAUACUUACAUCGAGGAUGUGAAAUGCAGAUUCUACAUUUUGAUAUCAAGCCACACAACAUCCUUUUGGAUGAGAACUUUAAUCCAAAAGUUUCAGAUUUUGGCCUUGCAAAAUUGUAUCCGACAGAUGAUAGCAUUGUAUCUCUUACUGCAGCAAGAGGUACUCUAGGAUACAUGGCUCCAGAAUUAUUCUACAAGAAUAUUGGAGGCGUCUCAUACAAAGCUGAUGUCUAUAGCUUUGGAAUGUUGUUGAUGGAAAUGGUGGGAAGGAGAAGGAACUUAAAUGCAUUUGCUGAUCAAUCAAGUCAGGUAUACUUCCCAAAAUGGAUUUCUAAACGUUUUGAUCAGGGAGAGGAUAUAGAGUUGGGAGAUGUUACUGAUGUUGAAAAGAAUGUUCUGAUGAAGAUGGCCAUAGUUGCCUUGUGGUGCAUACAAAUGAAACCUGCCAUUCGUCCUUCCAUGACCAAAGUCUUGGAGAUGCUUGCAAGUGAAAUUGAGCUCCUUGAAAUGCCUCCCAAGCCUACUUUUGUUCCUUCUGAAUCGCCAGCUCCAAAUCAUGGUAGUAUAAGUUUAGUAGCCACGCCAACCAUGUCGCUUGAUGCUAGAUCAUAAUGGUCUACUUCAAAUGCAUUUCUAGGUAAAUGCACAUUCACAGCUAGUAGCAUUGAGUAUUGUGUCAUAGUCCUGUAUUGUUGCUUUGGUAGAUUACCUACUCAAUUUUCUUCUUGUAAAAUAUAUCAAAUUCCUUGUG